AUGACGAACAAUGAACUAAAGCCAAACGCAGCCCUCCCUGGUCUCCAGAGGUGUCCUGGGCUGGCUUUGCGUGGAGGCUGCCCGGCCUUGAUCAACUCGGGAAGACAAAAUCGAGCCAUUAUCUCCUCUUGGAAAGGAAUCUUGCCAGAAAAACGGGAUUUCAGGCCCUUCCCUCCCUGCCUGGGCGCCGGGCCACCAGAAGGCUCUGCCAAGCACCAAGAGAUCUCUGGGCUCUUGUCAGCUGCUUUUGAACCUGAGGUUCCUGUGUCGUUGAGCCAGAAAUCAGACCACCGAAGCUCACUCCCUUCCUCUCCAUCUCUCCCUCUCUUCGAGACUCUGGCGGUGGCCUGUGAUCCUGAAGACAGCUCUGCAGCCAACUGGUGCUUCGGCCUUUGCGCUGUCCCGGGGCCAGCUUCCCUCGACCUGGGGAGGCCAUGGCCUGUGAAGGAGGCCCAGGUAAAGGCUGGCAGCUGUUGCUGGCUCUCUUCUCUGCUUCUGGAAGCUUCCGCCUCACUCAGAAUGGGCAGGACAGACCCACUAACUGGACUGCAGAGUCUGGAGGGUUCCAUUGGUCAGGGGAAAGGUGGGCACGUGGCCUCUUGCUGUGCUCCUUGUCACAGACCCGAGGAGCAACUCUGUCCCCUGAGCACUGGGGGUCCUGGGGAAGAGGUGGACAGACAGCUCCCUCCAACUGGCAUUUGGCAACAGGAGCCUGGACUUCUGUGCAAGAAAGGGAGACCCAAGGGUGAACAGUGGAAAAAAAAAAAAAAAAAAAUCCUAGAGAACAAACAUCCAAUUCCUAGGUGGUUACAAAUCAUGACUUUCUGCAAAUCAACACCAGGAGAGCAACUUACAUUCAUUUUUUUGUCUUAAAAAGUAGCAGCAACUGGCCCCACAACUCCUGUCAAUAUAAUUUAUUCCGCCACCACCUAACAGGAUGGGGUGGAGGGAGUUUGGAUAAAUGGGCUGAGCUGGGCUUCUCUUCCUCUCUACAGAGGGGAGAUCUCAGCACUUUGUCCGGAGCUGAGGAAGUGGGUUCUGUGUUUUACAGUUUUUCCAGCCAUUCUUUUUUUUCCCCCUCCUGAAGCAAGCAAAGAGCGUGGAAGCGUGUACUGGCUUGGAAGAAGAACUCUCUAGAACAUGGAACUUAACCCUCUUUUAUAUAAAACAUGUGCUUUCUAAAGAAAAAUUGUUUCUUACUUUUUGAGACUCCUUGAUCCACCCUGGAACAGUCGCCUGUAGUCCUGGUAGCUGUCGUGCUUGGAAAUAACGAGCGCAUCCUUACCUCAGCUACCUGCUCACAGCCCAUGGGUGGACUCGGCCCCCUGGGGUUCAGACCCAGGUCCAUUCGGCCUGGUGAUGACGUCAUCGUCUAUCCCACCUUCCUUUGCCCCCAGGAAAGGACGCAUCCACCCGUAGCGGCCCCAGCUGACUGCUGCGGUGUGCCGGGGAGCUGAAAUGAGGCUUGCCAGGGGCCCUGUGUGCUGUGCUCUGGAGCCUUCGCUCCCGUCGGGGCUGACAUCGUCUGGUGGCGUGUCCAAGUGUGCCUAGCAGCGGACGCUGAAGCACCAGAGCUCAAGGCCUUCACCUGCUCUAGGCCAGCCCCGUCCCCACACCCCACCACCUCCACUGCCAUGACCAGGCUGAAGACAGGGAACGCCCUCCCCAGACCGGCCGUCCAGCAAGGCCCCGAGACUUUUCUUCUGUGAUCUCCAAAAGCAAGGCAGCCGCGCUGUUCUGUUUCCUCUCCAUCUGCCACCUCCCCUCCCACUGCCCCAGAAGUUUCUAUCAUUCCAUGGAGAAAGCUGUGUUCCAAUGAAUCCUACCUCUUGCCCAGUCCCAGGCAGAGUAAGCAGGGCCCACCUAGGGACCAAGAAAGAGUAGGAAGAAGGGGACGAGCCGGGAGCAAAACCACCUCAGACACCUGGAACUUCUCAGCCUUCUCCCCGCGGCCAGCCGGGUCUCCGGGGACCCUGGGCCCUGGGCCGCCCAUUCCUGGCCCUCCCGCUGCAUCUCAGACCUGACGCCUGUCCGGGGGGAUGGGGUGGCCUGUACCCGCCUUCUCUCCCUCCUCCUGACCCACCCCCUCACCCCCACCCCUGUGUGUUUCGCCAGUUAAGCACCUGUGACUCCAGUACCUACUACUGGUUUUUGGUUGGUUGUUCUGUCUUUUUUUUAAUUAAAUAAAAACAUUUUUAAAAUG